AUGCAGUGGUUUGCAGUCAAAGACAUCACCGAAAAGAUGAUGAAAAUAGAAGAAGUGAAGAAUGUGUCGAAAAGUCAACGCAUAUCAGCUCACAGUCACGUCAAGGGUCUCGGUCUGGACGAGUCGGGCGCUGCCAUCGCCGUCGCCGCCGGUCUCGUCGGACAACAGCCCGCGAGAGAGGCUGCGGGAAUUGUCGUAGAGUUAAUCAAAUUGAAACGAAUGGCCGGAAGAGCGGCGCUGUUCGCGGGCCCGCCCGGCACCGGCAAGACUGCCAUCGCUUUGGCCAUCGCUCAAGAACUGGGCUCUAAAGUGCCCUUUUGUCCAAUGGUUGCCUCAGAGGUGUACUCCACGGAAGUGAAGAAGACUGAGGUAUUGAUGGAGAACUUCAGGCGUGCGAUCGGUCUUCGCAUCAAAGAAGUGAAGGAAGUAUAUGAGGGAGAAGUGACUGAAAUGACGCCCACAGAGACCGAGAAUCCGUUGGGCGGUUACGGGAAGACAAUCAGUCACAUCAUAAUCGGUCUGAAGACCGCCAAAGGCACGAAACAACUCAAACUCGAUCCCAGUAUUUACGAGAGCCUCCAGAAGGAGAGGGUGGAAGUGGGAGACGUGAUCUAUAUCGAGGCCAACAGCGGUUCGGUCAAAAGGCAGGGCCGGUCCGACGCUUACGCCACCGAAUACGACUUGGAGGCCGAAGAGUACGUUCCCAUCCCUAAGGGCGACGUUCACAAGAAGAAGGAAGUGGUUCAGGACAUUUUAAAAAUCAGAGCCCAAACCGAAGGCAUAUUCAUCGACGACGAAGCGCUGCUACACCUGUCGGAGAUCGGCUCUAAGACAACGCUGCGGUACGCCGUGCAGCUGCUCAACCCGGCCAUGCAAUUGGCCAGAGUUAACCAGAGCUCGACCAUCGAUCUCAAAGUACUCAAGGAAGUGAACGAACUCUUCUUCGACGCCAAACAAUCGGCUAAAAUACUGGCGCAACAAAGCGCUAAAUACAUGAAAUACGGCCGUUGUAUAGUGAGGGGCACUGAAGACAUAUAUUCACCGCACGGCAUACCACUCGACCUCUUGGACAGACUUAUGAUCGUAAAGACUAUACCGUAUAAUACGCAAGAAAUGCUUCAGAUUUUAAAAAUCAGAGCCCAAACCGAAGGCAUAUUCAUCGACGACGAAGCGCUGCUACACCUGUCGGAGAUCGGCUCUAAGACGACGCUGCGGUACGCCGUGCAGCUGCUGAACCCGGCCAUGCAAUUGGCUAGAGUUAACCAGAGCUCGACCAUCGAUCUCAAAGUACUCAAGGAAGUGAACGAACUCUUCUUCGACGCCAAACAAUCGGCUAAAAUAUUGGCGCAACAAAGCGCUAAAUACAUGAAAUAG